AUGCCGCAGUCUAUAGAUGAAGCCCAUUCAAAUUAUAAUGGCGAAUGUUUUUCUGGAUGCAGUUUUCACUCGCAACCUACCAGUCGUCCUAGCGACACUGACUCCUCAUAUUUAGCAGCAAGUUUGGACGCGGUGGAACCUAAUUACGGCCGAACUGUUCACUGUCCUUCCGAACAGGAUAUUUAUAGAGAAAUUGUUGCCGAAUGUGCCCAAUUUGAUGAGCGUAAGGAAUCGUUAGCGUCCCAAUCCUUACCAUCAGAAAUGAACACAACAAAUGAGGCCGCUCCGGAAAACGCUAGAACGACAGUAUCCGAAUUAUCUCAUCGUUUUCUAAGCGAUAACUUGACAAUUGAAGAAUUUGUAAAGCUGGUUCUGGCUGUUAUUAAAGAAAACAGCUUUUGUCCUUCAAAACACCGCAAUCAAGAAUCUUCAGAGGAAAUUCUAAGGAAGAAACGACUUCAGAACAACGAAGCUGCGGCACGAUAUCGAAAACGCCAGAAAGAGCUCCGCGAAGAAACCGAAAUUGAAGUACGGUUGCUGGAAAACAAAAACCAACAGCUUAAGGAUCAAAUUGAAGCUAUGCAACGAGAAAUUGAAAUACUAAAACGUGAAGUGCUGCGAACAAGUCAUCAAUGA